AUGUCUGAUGACCCACGCCGUCAACCACCACCGGCGCCUCCGCUGCCGCCUCCUCUCCAGAAUGAAAAUUCGAAAAAAUCCCCCUUCGCAUUAAAAGUGAGAAGCGCGCCGGAAAACUGGUUCCACCGUCCUUCAGGCCAAGCCAAUCUCCUCGAACCGCCUACAGGGCCGUACUUCGUCUACGGAACAUUGAUGGAUCCAAAAAUGCUAGCCGAUGUCCUCAGACUGAAAGAAAAACCCAAACUACGACCCGCCAAGAUCGUGGGUUACUCGAAGAAACUCUGGGGACAGUAUCCCGCUCUGCAAGAGGGCCCGCAGGAUGCACAAGUCAGUGGUGCUGUCUGCUAUGUGCAGUCCGUUGCUCAUGCGAAGAGAUUGGCGGAGUAUGAGACCAACAGCUACAGAGCCAAGCCAUGUCUUAUUCAGUAUACUGAUGGAAAGGAACCUGCUGAAGAAUUUGGCCAUGUUUUCAUCACUGCUCACUCUAUGUCUGGUGAAGAUCUUGGCGCACAUCCCAAAAAUGUCCAAAAGUACCUCAAGUUUCGUCUCGAACAAUUUGUUUAG